CUCCCUGCAUCAUCACAGCCUGCUCUGACCAUCACACAUUCACGUAACAGCACUCCGGUGAAUAAGCUGACUGUUGGAAAUGUUCGAGGAGCUUACAUUUGUCUGACAACGCGCUGAGGUGGAAGAUCGGAGCAAAGUGAAGCUGCACGAAAAGAUAAAAAAAAAUUUAAUAAAUAAAACUAAAAACAAGAGGGGGGAAAAAAGGAAGAGGAUACCUGAUUAAAAGCAGUUUACUCUAUUGAAGGUUGUGCUGUGGCAGGACACUCGCUGGUUUAGGGCACAAGCUGCCAUGCCAUUUGGUUGUCUCACACUUGGGGAGAAGAAGGAUUACAACAGUCCGUCGGAGGUGGCCGACAAAUAUGACCUUGGACAAGUUGUUAAAUCAGAGGAGUUCUGUGAGAUAUUUCGGGCGAAGGACAGGAACACCUUGAAAAUGUACACGUGUAAAAAGUUCCACAAAAAGGACGGAAGGAAAGUGAGGAAAGCUGCCAAGAAUGAGAUAAUGAUCUUAAAGAUGGUAAAACAUCAUAACAUCCUUCAGCUGGUUGAUGCAUUUGAAACUAAGAAUGAGUACUUCAUAUUUUUGGAGCUUGCAACAGGAAGAGAGGUCUUUGACUGGAUCCUGGAUCAAGGUUACUACUCGGAGAGGGACACCAGCAACGUUAUGAGGCAGGUGCUGGAGGCUGUGGCUUACCUGCACUCUCUGAAAAUCGUCCACAGAAACCUGAAGCUGGAGAACUUGGUGUACUAUAACCGUUUGAAGAACUCUAAAAUUGUUAUCAGUGACUUCCAGCUGGCAAAACUGGAAAAUGGGCUCAUUAGGAACCCAUGUGGGACUCCAGAAUACCUUGCUCCUGAGAUGGUUGGAAGGCAGAGAUAUGGAAGACCUGUGGACUGCUGGGCUAUUGGUGUCAUCAUGUAUAUACUUUUAUCUGGGAACCCUCCUUUCUAUGAUGACUCUGAUGAAGAGGACUCUGAUAAUCGUGAUAAGAACCUUUUCCUAAAGAUUUUGUCUGGGGACUAUGAGUUUGAUUCCCCGUACUGGGAUGACAUCUCAGAUUCUGGUAAGAGAUAUUUACUGUAUUAG